CUGAAGAAUGUUUCCAAAGGGUAAUUUGGCUGUCACUUGCUGGGCAUGGAGGAGCAGGAGGAAGCUAUUUCUGUUCCUUUCUCUCUUGCUGUCCCAUGCAGCUCAUUUGGAAGGCAGGAAGGCUAAUCAGUUCAUCUGGAAACCAGGCCCCUGGGGAAGGUGUACAGGAGACUGCGGGCCUGGGGGAACCCAGACUCGAUCGCUGUGGUGCUUCCACUUUGAAGGCUGGACAAGCCACCUCUCCCACUGCGAUGAGAGCAACAGGCCGCCGAAGGAAAGAAGCUGCUUCCGCGUCUGUGACUGGCACAGAGACCUCUUCCAGUGGGAGGCUUCCGACUGGCACCACUGUGUGCUUGCGCCCCGCGCCCUGGGCCACGCCAGGCCCCAGGCUGCAGAGUGCGUGACCGCGCAGCAUGGCCUGCAGCACCGGGCCGUGCGCUGCGUGCAGAAGUUAAACAGAACCGCGGCUGCGAACGAAGCGUGCGAACACUUCGCCCCUCGGCCCCCGACGGAGCAGGCGUGCCUCAUCCCGUGCCCCCGGGACUGUGUAGUGUCUGAGUUCUCGCAGUGGUCCAAGUGCACCCAGGGGUGUGGGAAGCAGCUGCAGCACAGGACCCGCGUGGCCAUCUCCCCGCCCCUCUAUGGAGGCUCUCAGUGUCCCAAUCUGACCGAGACGAGAGUCUGUGACGCUCCCGUUUCCUGUCCUCUUGGGGAAGGCGAAUACACUUUUAGCCUUAAAGUUGGACCGUGGAGUAAAUGCAGGCUGCCUCAGCUUAAGGAAAUUAACCUAAGCGGAAGAACUGUUCUGGACUUUAGCUCUGACUCGAAGGAGCGGGUCACCUUUAGACACCAGAGUUACAAGCCACAUCGCCACGCCACGCCCUGGGACGCAGAGACAGGCUACCAGACCCGGCAGGUUUGGUGUACAAGAAGUGAUGGGAGAAACGCCGUGUUAAGCCUUUGCAUGAAAGACUCCUUCCCUCUGACUGUCCAGUCCUGUGUCAUGCCGAAAGACUGUGAGAUCACCGAGUGGUCCUCCUGGGGUCCCUGCUCCAAGACGUGUCACUCAGGGAGUCUCGCGCCGGGCUUUAGGAGCCGGAGCCGGCAUGUGAAGCACGUUGCCGUUGGAGGUGGAAAGGAGUGCCCUGAGCUCCUGGAGAAACAAGCCUGCAUUGUUGACGGAGAACUUCUGCAGCCGUGCCCCAGGUAUUCCUGGAGGACUUCCGAGUGGAAAGAAUGCCAAGUGUCCCUCCUCCUGGAGCAGCAGGACCCCCACUGGCAUGUGACGGGACCCGCGUGUGGAGGUGGGAUCCAGAGCCGGGAGGUGUACUGCGCGCAGGGCGCACCGGCAUCCGCGCAGAGGGCCAAGGAAGUCUUUAGACCUGUGGACAAGACAUUAUGCCUGGGCCCCGCCCCUGCAGCCUCCCAGCUCUGCAGCAUUCCUUGCUCUACAGACUGUGUGGUGUCCUCCUGGUCAGCCUGGGGCCCGUGCAUCCAUGAAAACUGCCAGGAUCCGCAGGGCAGAAAAGGAUUUAGAAUGAGACGGCGCCAUGUCCUCAUGGAAUCCACGGGGCCUGCAGGACAUUGCCCUCAUUUGGUCGAAUCUGUUCCCUGUGAGGAUCCAAUGUGUUACCGAUGGCUGGCCUCUGAAGGGAUCUGUAUCCCCGAUCAUGGGAAAUGUGGCCCAGGACAUCGCAUCCUGAAGGCUGUUUGCCAGAAUGACCGAGGGGAAGACGUAUCAGGGCACCUCUGCCCAGCGUCUCCUCCUCCUGAACGGAUGGCUUGUGAAAUUCCCUGCAGGAUGGAUUGCGUGGUGAGCGAGUGGACAGAGUGGUCACCCUGCUCCCAGUCUUGUUCAUAUAAAAACUCUGAUGGGAAACAGACCAGGUCAAGGACUAUCCUGGCAUUGGCUGGAGAAGGUGGAAAACCAUGCCCCCCUUCUCAGGCCCUCCAAGAAUAUCGCUCAUGCAAUGACCAUUCCUGUAUGCAGCUCUAUUGGGAGACGUUGCCUUGGGGCCCCUGUUCUGAAGACACAUCGGUUACUGCCCUUAAUGCAACCAUUGGAUGGGAUGGAGAAGCUACGUGUGGUGUGGGCAUUCAGACACGGAAGGCCUUUUGUGUCAAGAGUCAUGUGGGACAAGUGAUGACCAAAAGAUGUCCAGAUUCCACCCGGCCUGAAACGGUGCGCCCGUGCCUGCUCCCGUGCAAAAAAGACUGUGCAGUGACUGCGUUCAGCGAGUGGACGCCCUGCCCGAGGCUGUGCCGCCCAGGAAAUGCCACAAUAAGACAGUCUCGAUACAGGAUUAUCAACCAGGAAGCAGCCAACGGAGGCCAAGAAUGCCCAGACACCUUAUUUGAAGAGCGAGAGUGUGAAGAAGUCUCAUUGUGCCCUAUAUAUCGGUGGAAGCCACAGGAAUGGAGCCCCUGUAUCUUGGUGCCCGAGGCUGUCAGGCCGGGAAUAACAGGCGCCAGGGAAGCCUGUGGAAAAGGGGUGCAAACAAGAGCUGUCUCAUGCAUCUCUGAUGACAACCAGUCGGCAGAAAUGACUGAAUGCCUCAAGCAGGCAAACAUGCCCCCCCUUGUGCAGGAAUGCACCGUCCCAUGUCGGGACGACUGCACCUUCACUGCUUGGUCCAAGUUCACGCCCUGCUCCACAAAUUGCGAAACAACCCGAAGCAGAAGGCGACAGCUCACAGGAAAAAGCAGGAAGAAGGAGAGAUGCCAGGACGCCGACAUGUACCCUCUAGUGGAAACAGAACUAUGUCCCUGUGAUGUGUUCAUAUCCCAGCCUUAUGGAAACUGGUCAGACUGCAUCCUCCCUGAGAGCAGAAGGGAGCCCCGGCGCGGGCCGCGGGUGCGAGGAGCCGGCCAGGGGUGCGGGCCGGGCAGGCGCUUCCGAGCCGUGGCNNNCUCCGAUGCGGGCGGCAGGCCCGCGGCCCCGUCCCGCUGCGGCAGCGCUGGUUAUAUUCAAGAAGAAUGUGCCAUCCCCUGCCCAUUUGAUUGCAAGUUAAGUGAUUGGUCCAGCUGGGGGUCUUGCAGUUCAUCUUGCGGGAUUGGAGUGAGAGUUCGAUCCAAGUGGCUCAAAGAAAAACCUUACAAUGGAGGCCGCCCAUGUCCCAAACUGGAUCUCAAGAAUCAGGUGCAUGAGGCAGUCCCGUGUUACAGCGAGUGCAAUCAGUAUUCCUGGGUCGUGGAACACUGGUCUCCGUGCAAAACCCACAAUGAGCUGAGGUCCCCGCGCUGCGGGGCAGGAACGCAGUCCAGGAAAAUCAGAUGUGUGAACACCGCUGCCAGUGAAGGUGGAGCAGUAAAUAGCAGCCUUUGCGACCAGGCGGAAAUGCCCCCAGAAACCCAGCCCUGCUCUCUUCUGUGUCCCAAUGAAUGUGUCAUGUCCGAGUGGGGCCCGUGGAGCAAGUGCCCGCAGUCAUGCGAUCCCCACGCAAUGCAGAGAAGAACCCGCCACCUGCUGAGGCCCUCGCUGAGCUCCAGGGCGUGUGCUGAGGACUCCCAGGCGCGGCCCUGCCUCCUCAAUGAAAACUGCUUCCAGUUCCAGUACAACCUGACAGAGUGGAGCACGUGCCAGCUGAGUGAAAACGCGACCUGUGGCCAAGGCGUCAGGACCCGCCUCCUGAGCUGUGUGCGCAGCGACGGCAGGCCGGUCGGCAUGGACCAAUGCGAGCAGCACAACUUGGAGAAGCCCCAGAGAAUGAGCAUUCACUGUCUUGUGGAAUGUGUGGUCAACUGUCAGCUUUCGGAGUGGACAGCUUGGACAGAGUGUUCACAGACUUGUGGCCAUGGAGGUCGCAGGAGCCGGACUCGAUUUGUCACGCUGCCGACCCGAGGAGAAGGACGCCCGUGCCCCACGGAGCUCACGCAGCAGAAAACCUGCCCGGUGACCCCCUGCUACAGCUGGGUCCUCAGCAACUGGUCUGCAUGUAAACUGGAGGGUGGAGAAUGUGGGGAAGGCGUCCAGAUCCGCAGCCUUUCCUGUGUGGUCCACAAUGGCUCUGUCUCUAGCUCUGCGGUACGUGUGGACGAUGCCCAGUGCGAAGAAACGCCCUUGCAAGAUGGCACCCUGAAGCAGCCGUGUGCUGUGCCCUGCCCAGGAGACUGCCACUUAACGGAAUGGUCAGAGUGGAGCACAUGCGAAUUAACCUGCAUCGAUGGAAGAAGCUUUGAGACAAUGGGCCGCCAAUCUAGGUCAAGGACAUUUAUAAUUCAGUCUUUUGAAAACCAAGACACCUGCCCGCAGCAGGUCCUGGAAACACGUCCUUGUACAGGAGGCAAAUGUUUUCACUACACAUGGAAAGCAAGUCUUUGGAACAAUAAUGAACGAACUGUAUGGUGCCAACGUUCAGAUGGCAUUAAUGUCACAGGCGGCUGCUCCCCUCAGGCACGCCCUGCUGCAAUUCGGCAGUGUAACCCAGCCUGCAGAAAACCUUUCUCCUACUGUACACAGGGCGGAGUCUGUGGCUGUGAGAAAGGUUAUACAGAGAUAAUGAGGUCGAGUGGUUUUCUGGAUUACUGCAUGAAAGUUCCUGGCUCAGAAGAUAAAAAAGCUCAUGUGAAAAACCUUGCUGGGAAAAACAGACCUGUGAAUUCAAGGAUACAUGAUAUUUUUAAAGGAUGGUCUCUUCAGCCCUUUGAUCCAGAUGGCCGAGUAAAAACUUGGGUUUAUGGUGUUUCCGGUGGUGGUUUUCUUAUCAUGAUUUUCCUCGUAUUUACUUCCUACCUUGUUUGCAAGAAGCCAAAACCACAUCAAAGCACACCUCCCCAGCAGAAGCCUCUGACCUUAGCCUACGAUGGAGACCUAGACAUGUAACCCGGAAAAGAAAUCCAAAUGUAGACAUCAACUGCCUUAACUGCUUUCUCUUUUGUAGCUCUGACUUCUCAGUUUUUUGAGGAAUCUCACAGUGUGAUGUAUUAGGCAGAACACAAAUACUGCAAACGUAAUAUCGCCUCAACUUCAUUUGGACAUGGAGUCAAGGAUUAUUUGGUCUGCCAUUUUUAUUUCAAGUUGUUUGUGGGUGUGAGUGUUUAAUUUUUUGAUUUUCCCAAGGGACCUGAAAACCCUUCUCUUCCUGUUUGGAAGUGCGGGGAAGAAAACAUGAUGGGAUUCCCCCAGACUUGAGUAAACUGUAUCUUCAGCAGCAUGAUGACAAUCCGGAAGAAAACCCAACCAAGGCAUUUACUGUAAAUGGCGAGUUUGACACUGCAUCCUUACGCACUAUAUUAGUGCAGGUCUUUAUUCUUCCCAUACUUCAACGCUGAGUUUUCUAGAGUUUACAUUAGUUCAAAGACUUUCAAAUUGGAUUGACUAUUUUCAUGAACACAGAGAAUGGGUUGCCAUUUCAGAAAUUCUCUGAGUUUUUACCUUUAAAUAUUGUAUUUUGCUUUGUAGCCAGGGGAUGAUGGCACUUCGUGGAUUGCAUCUAUUGAAAGAAACAGAGUGUGUGUAAUUGGUGAACUAGAUGAAAGCUAGGUGGUUUCUAAAUGAGAUUUGUACUGAACGUUAGGGUGUACAAACGAAAUAAGUGGUUAUAUUGGAGAAUGAGGUGAUUUGAUUACUAAAACUGCAUUUUAACAAAAAGUUAGCAACGUAGCUAUAGAAUUAAUCACACAGUUGUAAUUCAGUUUAAUGACAAACUCUGCUUUUGUAAUUUCAAUUUUCUUAUCCAAAUAUUUAUAAAUUCUUUUUUUGAAUUUAAUUAUCUGACCUCAUUUAAUAUACAUCAAACGCCGAUCCUGUUUAUAGCAAGUCUUGCUUUUAUAAGGUUUCAAAGAUAUCUAAAACACAUUAAAAAGCUGAAACCAUUUUAUGAAGAUAAUUGUUUGUAAUCGUGGAUGUUGAAAGUAAGAAGGUGCCAUCUUGUGGUAUUGACUUGUAUUUAUAACAAAUAAAGUGCUCAAGAGACUGAGAA